UUUCCGCUCCUCGGAACAUCCGGGAGAGCUGACUUCCGGCGGCUUGUGGGAGUGCUGCUUCUGUCCUCCUUGCGGGUGCGGAGGUGGUUGUCGUGGUUACGGGUCCUAACGGUCCCCUGCCUUGAAAUCCCUUGUUGAGGGCCUGCAACCUUGUGCUUCCGACUGGAGACGCCUUUGGUCCCUCGAAGUGUGUGCACUGGCGGCUGGUCAAGCCUUCAGUGUGGAGUAAUUGACGCUUUCCAGAAUAUUAAAAUCGAAUUAGAGAAGAAAACCGAACCAUAAUAAUAAAAAUGUCUCGAAAAAUUUCAAAGGAGUCAAAAAAAGUGAACAUCUCUAGUUCUCUGGAAUCUGAAGAUAUUAGUUUAGAAACAACAGUUCCUACGGAUGAUAUUUCCUCAUCAGAAGAGCGAGAGGGUAAAGUCAAAAUCACCAGGCAGCUAAUUGAACGAAAAGAACUACUUCAUAAUAUUCAGUUACUAAAAAUUGAGCUAUCCCAGAAAACUAUGAUGAUCGACAAUUUGAAAGUGGAUUAUCUUACAAAGAUUGAAGAAUUGGAGGAGAAACUUAAUGAUGCACUUCACCAGAAGCAGCUACUAACAUUGAGAUUAGACAACCAGUUGGCUUUUCAACAGAAAGAUGCCAGCAAAUAUCAAGAAUUAAUGAAACAAGAAAUGGAAACCAUUUUGUUGAGACAGAAACAACUAGAAGAGACAAAUCUUCAGCUAAGAGAAAAAGCUGGAGAUGUUCGUCGAAACCUGCGUGACUUUGAGUUGACAGAAGAGCAAUAUAUUAAAUUAAAAGUUUUUCCUGAAGAUCAGCUUUCUAUUCCUGAAUAUGUAUCUGUUCGCUUCUAUGAGCUAGUGAAUCCAUUAAGAAAGGAAAUCUGUGAACUACAAGUGAAAAAGAAUAUUCUAGCAGAAGAAUUAAGUACAAACAAAAGCCAACUGAAGCAGCUGACAGAGACGUAUGAGGAAGAUCGAAAAAACUACUCUGAAGUUCAAAUUAGAUGUCAGCGUUUGGCCUUAGAAUUAGCAGACACAAAACAGUUAAUUCAGCAAGGUGACUACCGUCAAGAGAACUAUGAUAAGGUCAAGAGUGAACGUGAUGCACUUGAACAGGAAGUAAUUGAGCUUAGGAGAAAACAUGAAAUACUUGAAGCCUCUCACAUAAUUCAAACAAAAGAACGAAGUGAAUUAUCAAAAGAGGUAGCCACCUUAGAGCAGACUGUUACUUUACUGCAAAAGGAUAAAGAAUAUCUCAAUCGCCAAAACAUGGAGCUUAGUGUUCGCUGUGCUCAUGAAGAGGAUCGCCUUGAAAGACUUCAAGCUCAACUGGAAGAAACCAAAAAGGCUAGAGAAGAGAUGUAUGAAAAAUAUGUAGCAUCCAGAGACCAUUAUAAAACAGAAUAUGAAAAUAAACUGCAUGAUGAACUAGAACAAAUCAGAUUGAAAACCAACCAAGAAAUUGAUCAACUUCGAAAUGCCUCUAGGGAAAUGUAUGAACGAGAAAACAGAAAUCUCCGAGAAGCAAGGGAUAAUGCUGUGGCUGAAAAGGAACGAGCAGUGAUGGCUGAAAAGGAUGCUUUAGAAAAACACGAUCAGCUCUUAGACAGGUACAGAGAACUACAACUUAGUACAGAAAGCAAAGUAACAGAAUUUUUCCAUCAAAGUAAAUUAAAAUCUUUUGAAAGUGAGCGUGUUCAACUUCUACAAGAGGAAACAGCAAGAAAUCUCACACAGUGUCAACUGGAAUGUGAAAAAUAUCAGAAAAAAUUGGAGGUUUUAACCAAAGAAUUUUAUAGUCUCCAAGCCUCUUCUGAAAAACGCAUUACUGAACUUCAAGCACAGAACUCGGAGCAUCAAGCAAGGCUAGACAUUUAUGAGAAACUGGAAAAAGAGCUUGAUGAAAUAAUAAUGCAAACUGCAGAAAUUGAAAAUGAAGAUGAGGCUGAAAGGGUUCUUUUUUCCUACGGCUAUGGUGCUAAUGUUCCCACAACAGCCAAAAGACGACUAAAGCAAAGUGUUCACUUGGCAAGAAGAGUGCUUCAAUUAGAAAAACAAAACUCGCUGAUUUUAAAAGACCUGGAACAUCGAAAGGACCAAGUAACACAGCUUUCACAAGAGCUUGACAGAGCCAAUUCGCUAUUAAACCAGACUCAACAGCCUUACAGGUAUCUCAUUGAAUCAGUGCGUCAGAGAGAUUCUAAAAUUGAUUCACUGACGGAAUCUAUUGCACAACUUGAGAAAGAUGUCAGCAACUUAAAUAAAGAAAAGUCAGCUUUACUACAGACGAAGAAUCAAAUGGCAUUAGAUUUAGAACAACUUCUAAAUCAUCGUGAGGAAUUGGCAGCAAUGAAACAGAUUCUCGUUAAGAUGCAUAGUAAACAUUCUGAGAACAGCUUACUUCUCACUAAAACAGAACCAAAGAAUGUGACAGAAAAUCAGAAAUCAAAGACUUUGAAUGUGCCUAAAGAGCAUGAAGACAAUAUAUUUACACCUAAACCAACACUCUUUAUGGAGUCUCACUCUGUCACCCAGGCUGGAGUGCAGUGGCGCAAUCCUGGCUGACUGCAACCUCUACUUCCCGGGUUCAAGCAGUUCUCCAAAAAUCAGUUAAUUAUACAUCUGAAUUAUUUUGCUGUGCCCAUUUUGACAAUCAGUUACCAUGAGCCAGCAAACUCUAUUGUAUAUUCUUUGUUUGUUUGUUUUUUACCUUUUUUAAAAAAUGUCAAAACUAGGCCAGGCGCAGUGGCUCACGCCUGUAAUCCCAGCACUUUGGGAGGCCAAGGCGGGCAGAUCACCUGAGGUUGAGAGUUCAAGACCAGCCUGACCAACAUGGAGAAACCCCAUCUCUACUAAAAAUACAAAAUUAGCCAGGCGUGGUGGCGCAUGCCUGUAAUCCCAGCUACUCAGGAGGCUGAGGCAGGAGAAUCGCUGGAACCCAAGAGGCAGAGGUUACAGUGAGCCAAGAUUGCACAGUUGCACUCCAGCCUGGGCAACAAGAACCAAACUCUAUCUCAAAAAAAAAAAAAAAAAAAAGAAAAAAUGUCAAAACCAUUCUUAGCAUGCAGCCCCUACAAAAACAGACCAUGGACCAUAGUUUACUGAUCCAUGAUCUAUCUCAGGAGUUGAUAAAAGCUUAGAAACUUCCAGUGUCUGGAACUUAGGGCUAUCACUAAUAGCUAGCACGUUACUGACUAAAAUAUCUGGAAAUGAAGAAUAUACAUUUUAUGAAAAUCAGAAAUAAACUUUUCA